CUCGAUCCCCGCGCUCCAGACACCGCGGCCUCGCCAUGGCUGACCAGCUGACUGAGGAGCAGAUCGCAGAGUUCAAGGAGGCCUUCUCCCUCUUCGACAAGGACGGAGAUGGCACCAUCACCACCAAGGAGCUGGGGACGGUGAUGCGGUCCCUGGGGCAGAACCCCACCGAGGCAGAGCUGCAGGACAUGAUCAACGAGGUGGACGCGGACGGGAACGGGACCAUUGACUUCCCGGAGUUCCUGACCAUGAUGGCCAGAAAGAUGAAGGAUACGGACAGCGAGGAGGAGAUCCGAGAAGCCUUCCGUGUCUUUGACAAGGAUGGCAACGGCUACAUCAGCGCGGCAGAGCUGCGCCACGUCAUGACGAACCUGGGGGAGAAGCUGACGGACGAGGAGGUGGACGAGAUGAUCAGAGAGGCUGACAUCGACGGGGACGGCCAGGUCAACUACGAAGAGUUUGUACAGAUGAUGACCGCAAAGUGAAGGCCGGGCAGCUGGCGAUGCCCGUUCCGCUCUCGCGCGCGCGCUCUCUUCAGCACUCCCCUGCGUACCCCGGUUCUAGCCAACGCCAAUCGAUUGACUGAGAAUCUGAUAAAGCAACAAAAGAUCUGUCCCACGCUGCAUGACUGCUUUCUCCUUCCCCAGGUCUCCUCCGUGCCCGUCACCUCCCCCUCGCCCCGCCCCCUCCACUCGCCUCCUCCUAGGCCUGCUGCCUUCACAGGGUGACCUCCCCGACCCCCAGGGGAGCCUCUGCCCUCCUCCUGCAGCCCGGCGGCUCUCCUCCGUUUUGGUUUGUGUCCUUUGUUUGUCACCUUAUUUUGGGUGCCGGGGCGGCUGCCAGCCCUGUCCCGGGACCUGCUAGGGAGGGGACGAGGCCUGCGCCCAGGCAGAAGAGCCCGCCGUGGCCAUUGCAUGCAACCAACCCUGGGGUUCUGUGCAAAUCCCCGCGGGCUUCUGGGGCAGGGGCGCCGAGCGGGGCACCCCAGAAGUAUGGUGGGGAGUAGGGCGGCGUGUUGGCUGGAUGUGGCCCGGCGAGGGUCGAGGGUGAGGAGUCUGGAAGCCGGCAUUCAUUACACAGGCGGGGCCGGCUUGCAGCAGGGCACCGACCGAGGGGGCAGCACCCACACCCCACCGGCGGCUCUUCUGAAACCCUCCGAUUGGCUUCCUAAGGUCGGGCUGGGCGGGGCUGCUCAAUUGGCCACUGCAAAUCGGCCCUGCCCUGCCCCUAACCCGAUCUCAAGCUGUUCUGUAAAUACCUGGUGCUAAGUCCCAUGCCUCUCCCUAGUGACGCGCCCGCCCACCCACCCAGGGUCCCCUCGUGGGAACCUACGUGUGGAGAUGGUCGCUUUGUAAUGUGCUAGUUAUCCCGUUGUUUUUUCUUCAUGCCCCUGAAAACUUAAAUUUUGUCAAAAACCAAGCCGGGCUAGCUGAAGGGUGGGGAGAGGGAAGAUGCCCCCACCACGCCCUUGAGAGAACAUACCUGCAAUAACAGCCUGGUCGGCCAGCUGCCCGGAGCGGCGGCCGAGGGCAGAUCUGCUUCCUGGCCCGCCGGCCCCUCCCGCUUCUCGUGGUGAUUUGGCUGGCUCCCUCACAUCUGCCGUCUCUGUGCCCUCUCCCCUGCCUUUCCCCUGGCCCACCUGCCUGCCCCCACACUCCCCCAGCGGAGAGCAUGAUCCGUGACCUUGCUUCUGACUUUCUGGGACAAGUAAGUCAAUGUGGGCAGUUAGAUCGUCUGGAUUUUUUUUUUUUUUUCCCUUUCGCUGUUCAUUUCAUCUGCCCCCCACCCCCAGGUCGAUCAAGUGGCUUUUCCUGGGACCUGCCCAGCUUUGAGACUCUCUUCUCAUCCACCCUCUGGCACCCAGCCUCCGGGGGAAGGGAAGGGAGGGGUGGGCAUAGUGGGAGAUCCAGCCAAGAGCUGAGGGUAAGGGCAGGUAGGCGUGAGGCUGUGGACAUUUUCGGAGUGUUUUGGUUUUGGUUUUUUUUUUUUUUUUAACCGGGCAAUAUUGUGUUCAGUUCAAGCUGUGAAGAAAAAUAUAUAUCAAUGUUUUCCAAUAAAAUACAGUGACUACCUGA